CCUUCCCGUUUCGUAUGACCCAGCUGCACCUGUUGCCUAAAAAUCAUUUGUAUACUUUCCUGAAUCUCAACCGACCAUCUUCUCCCUUCCUUACCUUCGAAAUACUCCAACGCAAGACAAGAAUCUGAUUCAACCUGAAAACCUCUGUACCAUUCCUCCACCGCCCAUCUGAUAGCAAAGAGAAUAUCUUUGAUCUCAGCUUCCAACAACGACAUAGCAGUGGAAAGCUUAUCGCUACAACAAACUCGCCUUUCCGGUCACGCAUAAUCGCUCCUCCGAUUUCCUUAUCAACUAAGUAACUCACGUCCACAUUUAACUUCCAUUUCAUGUUAGGCUUGCUCCAUCUGAUGAUCUAUGGUUUGAAACCCUUGAGCUUGAAGUUUUUUGGAACUAAUUCUUCCUCUAUCACAGUACUACCUAUUGACUGAACCUUGGAAUUAGAUAGGCUAACUACCCAAUUCUGAGUGUACAGUUUCACCUGAAGUACAAUAUUGCUAGAAUUAGGGUUAUUUCCCCCAUUUCCCCAGAUUUGGUCUACAUAUGUCUUCCGAAUUAUCCAACAGAUAAUUCCAAGGAUAUUUUGUUUAACUAUGUCAUCCAUGCUAGUUUUUCCCUCUCCUGAUUUCCAAUAACAGUAGAGAUUGUAAUCCAGACUCGGGGGUUGAUAGAUUCCAAAAAUGCUCAGAAAAUAUUGCCAUGCCACUUUUGCAAUUGAACAUUGAUAAAAUUUAUGCUUCAUAGUAUCACUAUGUCUUUUACAAAGAGGACACCUAGAGGGAUUUAACACAUUCUGAAACCUACUAAGAUUAUCCGAAGCAGGUUAAUCUGCCAGAUGAAUCCAUGGUACAAAGAGCAAGACUUUGAUCAUUGACUGAGCAUAUCCUCCUCCAAAUUGCUGAAUCUGAAAUUUUAGGUAUCAUGCUUCUAUCCCUUUCAUAUCUUAACCUCAUAAUCUGCACCCAUAGAGAAUCUCCGGUCUUCUAUUUCCGCCAUAAUUUAAGAGUAAGAGCCUUCUCUAUAUCAGUCAAGGAUCUGAUUCCAAGCUCACCUUCCAUUGUAGGGUAGCAUAGUUUAGACCAUUUUGUCCAAUGAUAUUUUUGCUUGUCAUUUGAUGACCCCCAAAAAAGGAGACCAUCUUUCUAUUUAACACUUUGAUUACCUUUUUGGGCAUAGUGUCUACUGCCAGUAAAUGUAAAGGGAUAGAUGUAACACCCCGGCCCCGUAGGACCCGAGGUAGUUACUCCAGACCUCUCUCUAGACCUCUAGUACUGCCCUCACAAACCGCCACUAGCCUUUUCUGCGCACUUUGUCCUCACUCGUGCGCGCCCUGAGAAACUUCCUAGGGGGUCACCCAUCCAAGACUACUCCCGUGCAAGCACCCUUAACUUUGGAGUUAUAGGCUAAUGAGCUCCCUUAAAAGGAGAUGCACCUUGUUUGUAUGAGUAGUACUAUUGAUAGAGUAUAUCUAGAGAGAAGUGAGAGCUAGAGAGAGAAGUGCAAUAAUAUGCUUCAAUAGAAUGAUUUUGUCACCCCUAUAACUACUCCCAAGGGGAGUAUUUAUAGAGAAAAUACGGGCUGGGCUCCCAAGCCUUGGGCUUGGGAGGCCCAUUUACAACUGGACCGCUAUUGGGCCGAAUACAAAGCCACUAAUGGGCUGUACAAAUGAGUAAGUGUAAAAUCCGGUUCUGUGAGGUCUUCGUAGCCGACGAGGGCGUGUCCGACGAGGACACGGCCGACGAGGGCGCGGCCGACGAGGGCACCCGGGUUCCUUGGCUUCAGGACCAUAUUCUGAGUUGGUACCCUUCCGGCCGACGGGGGUCCCUUGGCCGACGAGGGCACCACUCAGUGUCUUGUGUUUUCUGUUCUUCUGAGUAUGUGGGUCCUGGGGCUCAGACCCAUAUACUCCAUCAGGAGUCCCCCACUCUCUAAGCUGAGACGUAGACGAAGUGAAGGAGAGUAGAUUCCCGCGCUUUGGUGCUUUUGGCCGAUGCGGGCACUCCCAGGCCGUUAGCUACUCCUCGUUGUGGACGGGGGGCCGUUGUUUCCUUGGUGUGUCCGUUUGGGGACGAUGAGUGCCCUGCUUCGAUGGUGGCCGUUGAAGGCGCGUUUUCCCUCUCUUGGACGUUGAUGGUUGAAAUUUACAUUUGGGCCGAUGAGGCCGUUGAGGUUGAACCUUGCUUCGAGGACGAUGGGCGUCCUUUCCUUUGGGUGGCCGAUGAGGGUGCUUGCGCACUCCUUUUGGUCGUCGCUGAUUGGCUUUCAUGCUCUUGGCGGAAGAGCCCAUUAUGAUUAACUGUUGGCGGAGGACGAUGAAUGUCCUUGCCUUAGGUGGCCAGUUGGCCGUUGCUGAUGAUGUUAUGUGCCUUUGGCCGACGAGGCGCAGUGUGAUACAUGGACGAUGUGGCCAUGCUUUGUGGUUACAUUUGUGUCCUUUGCAUUUUUCCUUUUUGUUUUGUUGAGGCCGAUGUAGUCCCCCAGUCCCCCACUGCUUCAGGCCGAAGAGAGUGAGGGGUGAAGGAGUUGCUUGAGUCCCUGGCCGAAGCGGCCUCUCCGUAGUCCCCCUGAAUCCAACCCUUAUGGCGAUUUUCUGGCCAAGGUAACCCUGUGGGAGAACCCUUGUGCGCAGAUCGCUUGUAAAGAGUUAUCAUCAAGGGCCGUUACGAAGAGUCGAUGGCUGCAGGUUCUUUGUUCCUUUGGUUCUGUGGCCGUUACCGGCGUUCAUGACGUUCCUUUCCGUUGUCGUCUCCUUAUUGCUGGCAUUUGUGAAGCGGACAAGCGUAUAGGCCGUUGUGGGCGCCUUGCUAGAAUUUGUGAAGCCGGCAAGCAUAUAGGCCGUUGUGGGCGCUCGUUGUCCGUGCGAUCCGUAGGCUUUUACUCCGCCGAUAAGUUGGUUCACGAGCCCGGCCCAUUUCUGAAGGGGUGGCACCUCAUCGGCUGCUGGGAAGGUGACCGCUGAGGUGGCCAUUGAUAUGGUGCCACGUGUAGUGACCGUUGGAGAUUGUCUAUAAAUACCCCCCCUCCUCCGAAGCGGUUCCUUACUUGCAUUCUUGAGAUAUCGAAGUGCUGCCCGAAUUUCUAGAGAGAGAGAGUCUUCAAGGUGUUCUUCGAGUUCUUCAUACCUUCAAGGUUAGUUCCUUGACUUGUUCUUCAAUUCCUUUGCAUACUUUGCUUCCCUGAGACUUGAUCUAUUGUUAGUAGACCAAACACCUUAGAUCCGAAGUAAUUCACCUUAGGCUCGUAAUAGUUGUUAUGAUGAAGAGCUUAGAUGAGGAAUACUAUCUGUACGACGACCAGCCCUCCACUAGGUCCCUCGACUACGAAGUGCUUGAGGAGUUCGAGGAAGAGAUAGAGCGUUUAAGUCCUUACAAGUCUGGAGAGCCAAUGGACGACGAAGGUGAGGACGAGGAGUCCGCCUCGUCUUCAAAAGGUGAGGGCGCGGGUGCGUCCCAGGUGGUGGACGGGGCGUCCACUUCUGCUGCUAUUCCGUGCCCGAGACCGGUGUCUGCCGUGAAGGGAGCAGAGAAGCCGAAGAGAGUAAGGAGGCCGAAGAGUGGGCCAGGCAUCUCCUACCUGGAUCUCUCAAAUAUUUACCUGAUCAAGCCGGAGAGCAGCGCGACUGACUACUUAGUUGCCCAGAUGUACGUGGGGCCGUUCGGGAGGGUUAGGGCACCCAGGCCGACGAACCAUGUACUCAAUCCGCCACCGGGGUACUUCGGAGUGUACCCGACGAGUUUCGCCAAGGGGAUGAGGUUUCCCCUUCAUCCCUUCAUCACUGAAUAUCUGGACAUGGUGGGACUCCCUCCGGCCUUGCUGACCCCGAACAGCUACUCGUUGAUGGUGGGGUUUUUGCUCCGCUGUGAGGAGUUGGGCUACAGGCCGACGACGGCUCUGUUCAUGAAUCUUUAUCAGAUUGGCCGAGGAAGCCACAAGAAUUGUGCAGCCUAUGCUACUCUCCAACAGUUGCCGAAGAAGAGGAGCUUCACGGACUUGCCUUCGUCCAUCCAUGGAUGGAAGAGCAAGUUCGUUUUUGUAUCCCUUGGUGAGAACGGCACUGAGUUUCCCUCUCUCGGCCACACUGGGAGGUUCAAUCUGCACGACCCGCCGAGGAGUUCGAUCUUGGACGCUCAGGUGGAGGCGUUCUUGGAAGGGGGGUCGAGGAGCGUGAAAGACUACAUCACCGAAUAUAAGAUGACCGCCCUCGGCUUCUUUAGGUACUAUGUGUAUGGCGACAAGGAGGACGAUGUCCAACUUUGGCCGAGGAUGACCAUUACCUUCGAAGAGGCCGACGGCCCGGAUUUGGGCAUUCCUGCUGAGGCCGAUGGCUUUGUUAUGGAUCGCUGUUCAAUUAUGGCCAUAGCCAAGGCCAAGGCGGCCGAGGAGUUGGCUGCAAAGGCGGCCGAGGCGGCCAGGCGUGCCGCGGCCGAGGGGGCGGGGCUACUGCUUGUGCGGCCCCGAAACCUGCCCAGUCCAAGAAGAAGAGGCCUCCCACUGACGGCCAGAAGAAAUUGACCGAGGCUGGCCUGAAUCUCGCUAAGAAGACGAAGAGGGCACCGUCUCCUUCCCAUGCCGAUGAGGUCGGCACUCUGACCGUCCCAAAUGUGGACGAUGGUGGUCCCGUUGUGGAUCUUACCGCUGCUCCCAGCGACGCUGCCCAAUCGCUCCCUAUCGUCCAGGAGCCUCGGACGAAGCAGGCCGGCAAGGAGAUCGCCGCUGCCACUUACCAGAAGAUGGUGGAAUACCCCGUUGGCGGGGGUGUCUUUGACGAUGGCGUCCUCGGUCAUGAUGUGCUGGCCCAGGCCAUGCCGGCCAAAGAUCGGGCCUACCUCAAGAGGCUCGGGGACGUCAAGGUGUACGAAGGCGGGAUGGACCUCAUCGUCCAAGGUGCCUUCAUGCUCAUGGAGAGCCACAAGAGGCAGCAACGGGAGAUUGCUCGUCUGAAGGAGCUCGAGCAAAAGGCUGCCUCGGCCGAUGAGGCGGUGGCCUGCUUGGAUCGGCUCCGGGAGGAUGCCAAGGCUCUGCAAAAGAGGGCCGAUGAGGCAGCUGCAGCCAGGGACGAUGCCCUGGCCAAACUUGAGGAGAGCCAGAGGGCGCUUGAGGCUGAACGACGCAAAAAUGAUGAAGCCGUGAAGGCCAAAAUUGAGGCCGAGGCUGCCGCUGAUGAGGCCGUUCAAAAGUUCCUGGCCGAGGGAUGGAAGGCCGACGAGCGGCUCCCCUGGUGCUAUGAAGUGGUGGCAGCCAAGCUCGAAGAUUGCGGAAUGAACUCCCCCGCCGGCCAAGAGUACUUUGGCAGGGAGAUGGCCGUGUACUACAACAGGGGCCAAGAACGGAUGCAGAGGCUCCUGUGCCGGCGGCUGGCGCGUUCCCUGAAAGCAAUGAACUAUACCUCCGGGUGGGCUUCCCAAGCUGAUGAAGGAUCCCGAGGAGCAGGCCAAGCUUCCUCUUUCGGAGAGGGAGGCCCCAAUCCAGAGCUCCGGCCUCGGCGAGCCGGACUAUGACGAAUUUGAUUUCCUGGACGAUGCCACCAGUUCUGCAGCUGCCGCCGACUAGGAGACUGAGGCCGAGGAGGGAACCGAAGAUGCCGGAGAGCAGACCCAGGCUGGGCAUGGAGGUGCCCAAGAGACUUGAUCGGCUACUCCCCGUUCCCUAUCUUGUAAUUAGUUACCUUUUAUUUCUGCCCAUGUGAUGUAAUGGUUGAAGCGCCCACCAAUGUACUUAACUAUUUAUGAAUGAACGUUUUGUUGUCCUGCUCGGCUUUGAAUGUCUUGUAUGUUUAUUCCCUUUUGCUGUUUCAAUUUUGAAAUUCGUCUAAGUGUUAAGUUACAACUCAGGUCACCCGCGAGUGUCUGCUACGUUCGUGAGGUAGUCCAUUCAGUCUGGUGGCCUUGUCGGUCUGUCCGGUGUUUCUCCGCUGUCGUAACACUUGGGAUUUAUUCAAAAAUCUCCUAAGUGUUUUAGAUCCACUUAGGUGCUUUCUUUCCGUCCUGACCGAGGCGGGCAAGCUGGGGUGUCCGCUGCGUCUUGGCAUUGUCCCAUUCUUCUUUUUGUUAGAAUUUUUCUAAGUGUCCAACUUCAAGUGGAUGGGUGUUCUCAUCGUCCUGGUAUUGAAUCUCUCCUCAGAGUUGACAAAUGCUUUGGGAAAUUCCCUAAGUGUUGAACCCAUGUCGUUGUUGUCGGCCUAGUGUUUUUCGUGGCCGUUGUGUUCCCUUGUUCCUGAUCUGAUCAAGGAGGUCGGCCUGGAUCCUUGUGUUGUGGCCGAUAAGGGUACUUUGAACUUAGUCUUCCUUUUUUUUUGAACAUAGAAAUUUUUCUAAGUACACACGCAAGACACAGGUAGCUAACGGCCUGCGAGUAUACAGGUGCCCGCUUCGUCUAGAGUUUCUUCAUUUAAAUACUUAGAGAUUUUUCUAAGUAUAAGUGCAAGACAUAGUUCCUUCUUUGUGGUACCGUUGUCGGCCAAGAGAUGGCCCUACCUUCAUCGGCCAAGAGUUUCUCUAAGUAUCGGAAUUCUCUUAAGGAACCUUUUUCCUCAGGAAUUUUCUCUAAGUGUUUGGUAAACACUUGGACAAAUCCCCAAAGAUCUUGCGCUUGGCCAACAGCCUGGGACUCAGUGCCUGUAACGGCCAUCCGGAAUGCUGUGGCCGGUAGGGAUUGUUGCUUGAAUGCUUAAUUCUUCCGCGGGUGUGAUACUGCCCGCUUCGUCCUGGUCAUCCUCAGGAUUGAUACUGUCUGCUUCGUCCUGGUCAUCUUUCAGGAUUGUAAUUCUUUGUUUCAUGCUAAGUGUUGGUGCUUCAAAGAGAUGUGGCCGAUGGGGGUUACCACUCGCGUGUCACCCAACCACUGGUUAGGGUUUAUAGGCGUAUGCUUCGUCCAUGAUGAUUCCCUUGUCUGUGAUGGACGUGGGGCCAUAUCGUCCAUGUCACCUGUUAGUGGUACUACGCUUGUGUUCAACUGAUAUGUACUUAGCCAAGUUUGGCCGGAGUUGUGGGGAUUUUAUUUUUUCAUUGCUCGAGGCCGGCAAGUGCGCGCGGUCCUCGGCUUCCCUCCUUUUUUUCGUUCCCUAUUUCAGGGGAGUAUCCUUCUUUCAGGCUUCGGCCGAAGGGUGUGCUCGUCCUUCGGUCGGUUCGGACUUCGUUCAUAACGUCUGUGAUCUCAGGGCAGGUCCCGUCGCCUAUUUAUGACGCGGGCUAGACUUUUGGUCGGUUUCCAACGGCUGUCGUUGCCCAUCCCUGAGUUUUGGGAUUUUGUCACCUCGGCCAUGAUUUCAGGCCUGUCGUCCUGCGAUCUGGCGCGUGGACGACGCGGUGAGCUUCCCGUUUCAAGACGUGGGCCGUUUGCAGGCCCCUCGUCCUGGGGACAUCGUCGGCCAUACCUGAGCGUUUCACUCUAGGCUUACGGGGCCAGGACGAUGUGCUCUCUGAGCUAGGCAUGAGCCCUUCGCUGAUACAAAAUACUGUAAGAAAUAAUUGUAUUUAGAUUUUGAUGAUGCUAUAUUAAUUAGGACUUUAGAGUACCCCGUUAGUAAUUAUGUAUUAGAAUUUUCCCUUGUAAAGUUCUUAGCAUAUUCGACUACCAGAAGGCCUCUCUACCAGAAGUCCUCCAGACAGAAGAUUUUGGUUUUCUGUCUAGGAACAGAAAACCUCAGGGUCUCUGUUACCCUUCAGCGUGACAGAAACCCUCCUGGUUCUCUGUAAGCUACCAACAACAGAAGUGCUCUAGAUCUUCUCUGAAUCAGUUCUCUGCCAAUGUCACCAGAAGGUCUUACACUUGGAAGAAAUCCACAAAGCCGGGAAGUCAACUUAAAGAUUCCUUCAACGGCUAGGAGUAUAAAACGGAAAAGCUACAGUGCUCGCAUUAAAUGCUCAUUUAAUGCUCCCCAUGCUCCGUGGAGUAAUUGCAGAUGAUUGGCCGCAAUGUCAGGAUUACUUUAUCCCAAAAUAGUAACCCGCCAACUUUACCGGGUCCUACUGGUCAAGUCAACUGCUCUCGCAUUAUAUGCAGUUGUCCUCCUACUCCUCCAACGGGAAGACAACUUCAGUAUAAAAAGAUACACUACGAAGAACAACCGGAUAACUUUGCAACUUUGCUAUAACUUUGCCAAGAUCACAUUGCUACAAGCAAGAUAUUCAAACUCUGAAAAGCAAAAAGCCUCCUUGAGAUUCAAACUCAUUAUCCUCUACAAGAGAAGGCAGAAGUUGGAAAAAUACUCUUUCCAACUCAAGCAAAGUUCCAAGUGUUCUUCAACUCUUCAAGCUCAUCACAUACAAAUAUUUUGUAACGAAGCUAGUUGGAGGAACCCCUGUUUCAACAGAAACUCUUCUUGCUACAAGAAGGACGUCCAAAUAACUGGAGUAGUGAAGUGGUGAUACUUCAAGGAAACUCAGUGAAAGGACCAGUGUUAAAGGAAGCCAGGCAGUGCAUCCCAUGACACAUCUAGGCUUGAAGAAUACGUGGAGUGCUUCUUAAGUACUAGGACUAAGGCUUUGUAAACGACAGUUUUUACAGUUUAGUGGAACAGUGGAUUAGAGGAACGAGUUGUUCCUUGAACCACUAUAAAAAUCCCUGGUGUCGUUUACUUACUGCUUUUAAUACUUGCACUUAGUUAGAACUGUAUAACUCCUUGGACUUGGUAUCUGUGUUCAGCAGAACUUGUUCUACGAGUUAACAGAAGGCCUACUGCCUUUGCUUCUCUGAGGCUAACAGAACUCCCUGCCAGAACCCCAUCCGCUGCCAGUCUGUUCUCUCAACAGAACAGGCUAUUCUGUAAAUCUGGUACUUAGUUUAAAAAGCUAAAAACCAAUACAGUCUAUUCACCCCCCCCCCUCUAGACUGUAUCCAGUAUAACCGGGACCAACAAGUGGUAUCAGAGCCUCCUUGUUCUAAUAAUCUCUUAGGUUAUUUGUUGAACAAAGAUCCACUUGUUUUUCUGUUUUACCUCAUUUCUAUCUGAUAUAAUGGAUCACUCCUUGUCCAAGAAUCUUAUGUUUUCAGAUCUUAAGUUUGAUGACUGGAGGAUCCGGAUGAAAGCACAUCUCUGUGCCCUGCAUGAUGAGAUGUGGGAAGUUCUAGAUAUUGGCCCCUUCACAAGCUUCCAGAAGGUCAACCCUGAACAUGCCAUAGACAACACCAGACCCCAGAUGAUCAGCAAAGCCAAGUCAGAAUGGACCACUGAAGAGAGGAGAAAGUACAACCUAGACAAUAUUGCCAAGGACAUCCUCUACAAGUCCAUUGAUGAUAGGUACUUCAACAGAAUCAAGAAGUGCAAGACUGCUAAGGAAAUCUGGGAUACUCUUGAACUCAUUGGAGCUGGUGAUGAGCAAGAGAAGGACAACAAACUCACCAUAGCCAACAAGAAGUUUGAUGAUUUCAAACUUCUCCCUGGUGAAAGCAUCUCCAAGAUGUAUGACAGGCUCCUCACUCUCACUGGAGAGAUCUCUGAGCUUGGCAAGGAUCUCACAACCAAGGAGAUCAACCUGAAGGUGUUGAGGGGACUGCCCUCAGCAUGGAAGAUGAAGGUAGUUGCUGUCCAAGCCAGCAAGGAUGUAAAGACUUAUCCCACUGAUAAGCUCAUUUCAGAUCUCAAAGCUCAUGAGUUUGAAAUGAUUGAAGAGAAGGAAGAUGUACCAGAAGAGAGGACCACUACAGCCCUCACUGCCAGCACAUCUAAGGUAAAUGAUUUUGACCCUUCAGUACUCUUAUCUGAUGAAUAUAUGGCUGCCUUUGCCAGGAGAUUCAAAAAGUUUAUGAAGAAUCCCAAAGAUGGAAGGAGUCCAUCUUUCAACAGAAAGCCAUACCAGAAGGUCAAAUCAACAGAAAGCAGUGGAGAGCUUCUCUGUUACAACUGCAGACAACCUGGUCACUUCAAGGCUGAUUGUCCCCAUCCUAGAGUGUCCAAGAAGCAAGGACAGGAUGGAGAAAAGAAGAAGUACGAGGACAACUCCAGAAGAAGAAAGGCACUUGUGACAGAACAGCUGGAGAAAGACCCUCUGUCAGAAACAGAAUCCAGUUCUGACUCAGAUUCUGAUGAGGCCUUCUGUUGCCUGGAUACUGAGACAGAAGACCUUUGCUUGAUGGCUCAUUCUGAUGAUGAGGUAACCUCUACUUCUGAAUCUAGUUUUUCUUCGGUAGGCUUAGCUUUUGAUUCUGAUUCAAUGUCAGAAUUUUGGGAAGAGUUUAAGGCCAUACAAGCCACUUAUUCCUCUGUAACAGAAGAAAACAGUAAGUUGAAAGCUGAAAUUCUUGACUUAAAGAAGGAGGUUGAGAUCAAAAUCAAUCUUCUAAUUGAGGAAAGAGAUCAACUGGAAACUGAAAAUGUUUCUCUUCUUAAGAGAAUAAGAGAAAUAGAGCCUCUCGAGAUUAAGUACAAAGCUUACCAGAAGGCCCAGUCUUCCAUGGAAAAGAUUGUGCUUGAUCAACAGAUUGGCACUGGUUUUGGUCUUGGUUAUGGCUCAACAGAAUCAGGUGAGCCUUCUGUAAUGCCUAGCACCAGAGUUGCUAAGGCAGGUAAGGUCAUAGAGCCACUGAUUUCUAGCCCCAUCCGUCAAGUUGGUGUAUCUGGCACCAAGGUUGUUCAUGAGGAAGUCAGACCAGAAAAGGGUAAGAUAAAGGUUCAACAGAAACCCUUUUUGAAAAACAAUGAACCUGGCAGAAAACCUAACAACAGAAAAGGUUUUCAAAAUAACAAAAAUAAAAGACCAUUCAUUGACAGACAACCUCAUGUCAAUCGUGCCAGAAAUGAUCACCAGAAGGGCAAAUAUCAAGAGAGAGUUAACUUCAGGCAGAAGAGGUUGGCUGGUCAACUUCUGAAGCCCAAGGUUAACCGUCCCUCUGCUCUUGAUAGUAUAUGGGACUUCUUUCCAACAAAGAAAGCUAUGCAAAAGUAUGUAAACAGGAAGCAUGACCCUCACAAGCAUCUGCCUAAAGUGAAUCACACUUCAGUUUACUAUAACUACCAGGUGGACAAUGGGUACCACCCACCAAGGUUUCACUUGAUGAGACCAAAAUGGUACCAACUACCCAGACUCCAUGACCCCCCAGGACCCAGCAUUGCUUGGGUACCUAAAUCUUUCUUUUGAUCUUGCUGGAACUGUGUGCUGGAGUCAUCUCUGAACAAGAAUGGUUUAUUGAUAGUGGAUGAUCCAGGCACAUGACAGGUGACAGAAGUUGCCUAACAGAGUUCCAGAAAUGCAAAGGACCUAGAGUUACCUUUGGAGGUAAUGACAAAGAAGGUCAAACAAAAGGAAGAGGAAAGCUGAUCAAGGACCAGAUAAUCAUUGAUGAUGUCUCAUAUGUCAAAGGACUGAAGUUCAACUUGCUAAGUGCUAGCCAAUUCUGUGACAAAGGCUACACUGUUGAAUUCACAAAGGACUUCUGCUAUGUGAAGCAUGAGACAACAAAGGAAGUGGUUCUUACAGCAUCAAGGAAGAAGAACAUCUAUGUAGUUGAUUGGAACACUGCAAAAGAUGGAGUUUGCCUGAUAGCCAAGGGAGAUUCAAAACUGAGCUGGGACUGGCACAAAAAGCUCAACCAUUUGAAUUUCAAAACAAUCAACAAACUGGCCAGAGAACACAUUGUAGAAGGGCUACCAGACAUCGUGUACAAGAAGGAGACCCUCUGCAGUGCAUGUCAGAAAGUCAAACAAGUGAAGAAUUCCUUCAAACCCAUUGCUGGAGAUCUUUCUACAAAUCCUCUAAAUCUGAUUCACAUGGAUUUAUUUGGACCUGUUGAGACUCCAAGCGUUGGAGGCAAGAAAUAUACCUUAGUCAUGGUUGAUGACUACUCCAGAUACACAUGGACUGUUUUUCUGUCAAAGAAAAAUGAAACUCUUCAGAAGUUGCCAUCUCUGUUAAAGCAACUUCAGACUGAGAAGAACUUGAAAGUGAAGACAAUCAGAUCAGACAGAGGAACUGAAUUUGUCAACCAAGUUAUAAAGGACUUCUGUGAUCAGAAUGGAACUUUUCAUCAACUUUCUGCCGCCAGAACCCCUCAACAGAAUGGCGUAGCAGAAAGAAGGAACAGAACUUUAAAGGAAGCUGCAAGAACGAUGAUUGCAGAAUCUGGAUUGCCUAUGAGAUAUUGGGCUGAAGCAAUCAACACUGCAUGCUAUACUCAGAACAGAAGCAUGAUCAACAAGAAUCACCAGAAGACCCCUUAUGAACUCUGGAAGGGAAGAAAACCUAACAUCAGCUACUUUCAUGUAUUUGGAUGCAAGUGCUACAUUCUCAACAAUGGAAAGGAGCAUCUGAAAGUAUUUCAAGAAAAAGCUGAUGAAGGAGUCUUUAUAGGCUAUUCAAACACCAGUAAAGCCUAUAGAGUACUCAACAGAAGGACCCUACAUGUUGAAGAAUCCAUACAUGUGAAGUUUGAUGAAAGUAUCUCUGUUAAAGAGGUAACAGAGAUUCUCAAGGAAGUCAGCAUAGAAGACAGAACACCAGAAACAACAGAAGAGGUGGCAGACAACCCUGCAUUUCCAACACCUGCACCAAACCCCCUUCUGUUGAAUGAAGAUGAAGACUCUGAAGAUGAGGAACCAGAGAGACCAAGACAGCAGCUGACAGAACCAGAUCUAACAUGGUUAAGAGACCAUCCUCCUAACCAAGUGAUUGGUCAAAUCAGAAGUGGAGUUCAAACCAGAUCCACAUCAAGGAGAGAAGCAAUGUUUGCCUGCUAUAUAUCUCAGAUGGAACCUAUGACAGUUGAAGAAACUCUUGCAGACUCAGAUUGGAUCAAUGCUAUGCAAGAAGAGCUCACUCAGUUUGAGAGGAACAAAGUAUGGGAACUUGUUCCUAGGCCAAAACACCAGAAUGUCAUUGGAACCAAAUGGGUAUUCAAGAACAAAGCAGAUGAAGAUGGCAACAUUGUAAGGAACAAAGCAAGGCUAGUAGCAAAAGGAUAUUGUCAAGAAGAAGGAAUAGAUUUUGAUGAGACUUUUGCACCAGUUGCCAGACUUGAAGCCAUCAGAAUCUUUCUAGCCUAUGCUGCCUACAACAACAUCAAGGUCUACCAGAUGGAUGUCAAGAGUGCAUUUCUGAAUGGAGAUCUUGAAGAGGAAGUUUAUGUGGAACAACCACCAGGUUUUGUCAUUCUUACUCAAUCUUCUUGUGUCUACAAGCUUAAAAAGGCCCUUUAUGGUCUUAAGCAAGCUCCCAGAGCUUGGUAUGACACAUUGUCCCUUUUCCUAGUGAACCAUAGGUUUACUAAAGGAAAGGUUGACAAAACUCUAUUUCAAAUCUCUGUUGCUAAUCAUAUUCUAUUAGUACAAAUAUAUGUUGAUGACAUUAUAUUUGGUAGUACUAAUCCAGAACUGUGCAAGAAAUUUUCUCAAGUGAUGCAGAGUCAAUUUGAAAUGAGUAUGAUGGGAGAACUCAGUUACUUCCUAGGACUUCAAGUCAAACAAGUUCCAGAAGGGAUCUUUAUCAAUCAAGGGAAGUACACCAGAGAUCUAAUCAAGAAGUUUGGAGUGGAAGGCAAAUCAUCAGUGAAGAUUCCCAUGAACACUUCACAAGGAAUUGGUCCAGAUGAUGAAGGAAAGGAUGUAGAUGCAACAACUUACAGAGGAAUCAUAGGAUCUCUGUUGUAUCUAACUGCAAGCAGACCAGACAUCUCAUUCUCUGUUGGAAUCUGUGCCAGAUACCAAUCAAAGCCCAAGGAAAGCCAUUUAAGUGCUGCAAAGAGAAUCAUCAGAUACAUAAAAGGAAAUCCAAAUGCAGGCCUAUGGUAUCCCAAGGGAGGUAACUUUGAACUAAUUGGUUAUUCUGACUCAGAUUUUGCAGGUUGCAGACUAGACAGAAAGAGCACUUCUGGUCACUGCCAAUUGCUAGGAGGAAGGCUUGUUUCCUGGUUUAGCAAGAAGCAGAACUCCAUCUCAACAAGUACAGCUGAGGCAGAGUACAUAGCAGCUGGGAGUUGCUGUGCUCAGCGACUCUGGAUGAAGCAACAACUGAAAGACUAUGGAAUUCAAGCAAAGGAGAUCAAGUUGUUGUGUGACAACACCAUUGCCAUUGCUAUCACUCAGAAUCCAGUUCUUCACUUCAGAACAAAGCACAUUGAGAUCAGACAUCACUUCAUCAGAGAUCAUGUUGAAAAGAAGCACAUCUGCAUGGAACAUGUGCCAACAGAAGACCAACUUGCAGAUAUCCUGACAAAGCCUCUUCCUGAGGCUAGGUUCAACAAACUGAGAGAGGAAUUGGGAAUGAUGGAUGAGAUUCCAAGGGAAAGAUGAAAAGGAAGGCCCUCUGUUGCUCUUUUGCUGUUGACAGAAUACCUGUAGCAGAACCCCUUCUGUCAACCCCUUCUGAUCCCUACCCUGGCAGAACACCUCAGCAACAGAAAACCCCCUUCUACAGAAAACCCUCAGAAGGUUGUGGACUUAAAAAUUUUCUGAAACCGGGUGUCCUAGUAAAUUAUUAAAGGUAUUUUACCCUUUUACCCUUAAAACGGUAUCAAGCCGUAUAAUAUUUACUGCGCCCCCGUUUAAUUACUCCGCCCCUUUUUACAUUUAUUGGUUUCUUGGAACCAUAAAUUAAUCCCAAACGUCCACUAACCCAAACACAUAAAUUCCCCUUUCGCAAACCUAAACCGCUACUGCUCUCAUUACUUUCAAACUUUCAAACCUCCAUAGCUCUCAAGCUCUCUGAUUACUCUCUGAUCAAAUGGCCUUCAUCAACAUCAACGACCUCACCAAGGAGGAAAUCAACACCCUUGUUUCAAACAUCUACACAGGGAUGAACUGCGACCUCUCCGCACUCCCUGAACUCGCUUCAAACCAUGAAACGAUGAUGAAGAUCAUCAAGGGAGUGGAGGACUCCCAACUGAACAAAGUGGUAGGUUAUCACUUUGAAUCCUACAGUACAAGGGAUGUAGCAGAGUUCUAUCUCAACGCUACAUACGAAGGGGAGACCAUUCGGUCUAACGUCAAUGGUGAAGACAUUACACUCACCCCUGCAGACCUCAACGCCCUCUUUGGCGUAGUAGAGGACCCUCAAGAAGAAGAAACUGAAGGUUUCCUCACUCUGGACAGUGUCAACGUCACUGUGGACAACUUUGUCCAACUCUACUGCCGACCUGAAGUGGGUAGAGUUCCAAAGCUUUACAUGAAGAAAAACCUCCUUCUGAGCGACUAUGAGAAAUUGGUCAACAUCCUGCAUAGGUGUGUCUGGAGCAAGAGCACCUCCACAGAUGACAUGAAUGCACUGAAUGCAAAGGCUGUCUUUGCAGUUCAUCAUGGGAUGAACAUCAACUGGGGACAGGUAAUUGUCAAAUCCCUUGUUGAAUUCACCAAGAAGAAAGACAAGGACCCCCAUGGGUUAUGGUCUCCUAAUCUCUGAAACCUUGCUCAAGGCAAGGAUAGGACUGAGAAACUCUAUUGAGGCAGACUACACCAAGCUGCUCUUCCUCAACACUUCAAGUGACAGGAAGGUUGCUCUCAAGGCAGAGCAGAAAAGACUCAGAACCCUUGAGUUCAACAGAGAAAGGCAACAACAGAAGGUUGCUCACCCAAAGAAAGUUUCAAAGAAGCAACAGAAAUCCCCUACCCCUUCUGACUCUGAAGAAGAAAUACCUUUGGUGAAGAAGGUGGUCAAGAAGGUUCCCAAGAAGAAGACCACACCUGUCAAAGUUCACAAGAUGGUGGCAAAGAAAUAUGUCCUUAAGAGAAAGGCACCUUCACCUAUCUCUUCAGCAAGCACCCCCUCUACCUCCCCCAUUGCAAAGAAGACCAAAAUUUUGACACCUGCAGCACAGGAGAAGCUGGAGGACUCUGUCACCUCAGCCCCAGCCAACAGAAAUGCUUGGCACGGCAAGAGGAUCAUCUUUGAGUCAAGUGACUCAGAAGAAGAAGCAGUGGUGCAGAAUGCCACUUCUCAGGGGGAACCACAUUCUUCUCCUCCUGCCUCUGCAAAUGAUCAACCUAUGGUGGUUCCUUCACCAGAACACCAAGAAGGAAGUAGUACUUCAAGCCCUGAUAGGAAAUUCAUCAGGGUUCUGGCAUGGAGAAAGUGGAGAGUGGGACCUCUCACUGAACUCCUCAAGAACUUGUCCUACUUCAUCUCUGAAGAAGAAGAAGUACUCAGAUGGGCUGACACAGAAGAUGUGGAGUCCUGCCUACACAAGGAUUUUCUUCUUUCUGUCCUACAGAAGAAGAAGGAGAAACUUCAAGGAAAAGCACCUCUGGUCAGAAACUCACCAGAAGACCAUGUGAAGGCUCUUCAAGAGCAUGAGAUGCAUGACUUUGAUGCUUGGCUCAUUGAGAAAAAGAGGAAGGAGUCAAUGAUCAAAUUCCGCCACAGUGCACAUGGAGAAGGUGAACCCUCUACUGCCAAUGAUCUACCUCUGGUCAUGGAAAGACUUGUCAAAGAAUGGAGAGACUCUCUGUUCACCGAAACAAUACUAGAGGUAAUUCCCCCAAUCAUUCCUUCUCCCCCUCCCUCUCCUAAAAACACCUCUCCUCAACCCCAACAGAAAUCCUCCUCACCCCCACAGAAAACCAUAUCUGCACAAGAAACCCCUUCACACCAAAAACCCUCCACCCCCAAAUCUUCAUCUCCUUCACCCUGCAAACCGUUCUCUCCUCCAAAGAACAAAUCACCAUCCCCUCAAGGGCAAAUUAUCCCAUACCAACACCAACAGAUCAUCUCCUCUACAACUUCACCCCAUCAGAGAACCUCCUCACCCAAAACCAAAAAUCCAUCUCCCUGCAAAUCCCAACCCUCAAUCAGAUCCAGAUCACCAUCACCUCCACCCUCUCCUCCACAACAACAGCAUGCUCCCUCACAACAACAAGAAAACCCCUCCAUCAAGGAAUCCAGAACUGCUUCUCCACAACCUACACCACAAGAUGCAGCCACUCCUAUCUCCUCUCAACACUCUGUGGCUUCUACCCCCAUCAGGAAACCUAUCUUCAGGGUGCCUUCCUCUUCCAGUGACAAUGAUGGAAUUCUUACAUCCUCCAUUGCUGCUGAUGAAACUUCCAAAAGGAGGAAGACCCCUCCUCAGCAUGAAGAACAACCCAGAAGGCCUCCUAUGCCUAAAUCAAGAGGUCUAGGUAUGCCUGGGAAAACAGAAUCCAAAGAAGAUAAGCCCCAAAUCUCCUUCAAUCAGUUUGUCACUGAAGCUGAAGAUUUUAGUGGUAAGAUGCUUGAUGGAAUGGAUCAAUUGGCUGAAAUCAACACAAAGCACCAUGAACAUCUCACUUUUGUUCACAAUCAUCUUGAGGCUGGACUUCAGCAUAUCUCAGAGAAAGUUGAAGCUCUGACCCAGACACUGGUCACCUUCAUGGAAUCAUCAUCUGCAAAGUUUAAUGCUGUUGCCAGAGAAGUGGAUGGUGUCCACUCUGUUCUCUACUCCCAGUCUCAGAUUCUCAAUAAGCAGAAUAAGCAACUCAAGGAUAUAACAGAAUCCCUUGACAUUGUACAAUGGUAUGAAGACCAAUCUGCUGAGAAGUUUAUGCAGCUACAACUCUUGAAUAAUGAUCACAAAGAUCAAGUGGCCACCCUGAUAAAAAAGGAUCAAGAAAGAUAUCAGAAGCUGAUACUACUUGAAGCUGGCUCUCAGGACAUCAAGUCUGCUCUUGAUCGUCAACAGAACUUGAUAGAAGGUCUGACCUCUGUCACGCAGACCUUGUCAGAAACUCUUGAGCAGAUAGCCAUCUCCCAGGCAACAGUGUUCCAGAAAAUUGCCAUGAUGAUCUCUGACCUGGAUGAUGCCAAAAAGGGGGAAAAGGAAAAGGACCCCCAACAGAAGAAAUUGCCCCCUAGGCCAACUGCUGGGCCCUCAUCUGAUAUUGAUCCAACCCCUUACUUCCAGGCCUCUCAACAGAAGAAGAGAGAAGCUGGUACCAAGAAGAAGAAACCCUUGAGCCUAACUGAGUGGAGACUUGGAGGCUCCCAGAAGCUUGAUAGAGCACAGUUCGAAGAAAUUCAACAAAAGAUGACCCCAACUCAAAGGCAGAAUCUCUAUCUUGACAGAGAUGGUCAUAUAAGGGUCAGACAUGGUGGUUCCUUGGAAGAGGCUGAAUACUGGUUCCACAAGAGAGUACUCCCAGGCAAGGAUGUACAUGAAGGAGUACUUCAUUAUCUAAAUUGCAAGCUCUCUCCCAUUUGGGCCUCAUGUCAAGCACCAGGAAAUCUGGCUGGCAUAAGAGAAGAAGUAAAUGUUGAACUGAAAAAUCUGAAGGAACAAGAUCGCAGAACCAGAGCUGAAGCUGAAAGGGAAAAUCUGUAAUUCCUUAAAACUUCUCUUAAUACUCUUGAUCUAAUAAAAGCUUAUCUCUGCUCCUUCUAAAGUCUCUUUGCUUCUGUACUCUUUGUUGCUUACUAUUUCAUUAUGUACUUAUUUCUUCUUGAACUGCUAUCUGAAUGUAUCGUACUCUUACUAUUUUCCUAUGCCAAGUUGCCCACCAAGAUUUUAAUGAAAAGUUUUAAACUUUAAAUUUUUUAUGGUGAAGGCACUUCUCUGGAAAUAGUUAAAGGAUUUUGACAUCAUCAAAAAGGGGGAAAUUGUAAGGAAUAAUUGUAUUUAGAUUUUGAUGAUGCUAUAUUAAUUAGGACUUUAGAGUACCCCUUUAGUAAUUAUGUAUUAGAAUUUUCCCUUGUAAAGUUCUUAGCAUAUUCGACUACCAGAAGGCCUCUCUACCAGAAGUCCUCCAGACAGAAGAUUUUGGUUCUCUGUCUAGGAACAGAAAACCUCAGGGUCUCUGUUACCCUUCAGCGUGACAGAAACCCUCCUGGUUCUCUGUAAGCUACCAACAACAGAAGUGCUCAAGAUCUUCUCUGAAUCAGUUCUCUGCCAAUGUCACCAGAAGGUCUUACACUUGGAAGAAAUCCACAAAGCCGGGAAGUCAACUUAAAGAUUCCUUCAACGGCUAGGAGUAUAAAACGGAAAAGCUACAGUGCUCGCAUUAAAUGCUCAUUUAAUGCUCCCCAUGCUCCGUGGAGUAAUUGCAGAUGAUUGGCCGCAAUGUCAGGAUUACUUUAUCCCAAAAUAGUAACCCGCCAACUUUACCGGGUCCUACUGGUCAAGUCAACUGCUCUCGCAUUAAAUGCAGUUGUCCUCCUACUCCUCCAAUGGGAAGACAACUUCAGUAUAAAAAGAUACACUACGAAGAACAACCGGAUAACUUUGCAACUUUGCUAUAACUUUGCCAAGAUCACAUUGCUACAAACAAGAUAUUCAAACUCUGAAAAGCAAAAAGCCUCCUUGAGAUUCAAACUCAUUAUCCUCUACAAGAGAAGGCAGAAGUUGGAAAAAUACUCUUUCCAACUCAAGCAAAGUUCCAAGUGUUCUUCAACUCUUCAAGCUCAUCACAUACAAAUAUUUUGUAACGAAGCUAGUUGGAGGAACCCUUGUUUCAACAGAAACUCUUCUUGCUACAAGAAGGACGUCCAAAUAACUGGAGUAGUGAAGUGGUGAUACUUCAAGGAAACUCAGUGAAAGGACCAGUGUUAAAGGAAGCCAGGCAGUGCAUCCCAGGACACAUCUAGGUUUGAAGAAGACGUGGAGUGCUUCUUAAGUACUAGGACUAAGGCUUUGUAAACGGCACAUUUUACAGCUUAGUGGAACAGUGGAUUAGAGGAACGAGUUGUUCCUUAAACCACUAUAAAAAUCCCUGGUGUCGUUUACUUACUGCUUUUAAUACUUGCACUUAGUUAGAACUGUAUAACUCCUUGGACUUGGUAUCUGUGUUCAGCAUAACUUGUUCUACGAGUUAACAGAAGGCCUACUGCCUUUGCUUCUCUGAGGCUAACAGAACUCCCUGCCAGAACCCCAUCCGCUGCCAGUCUGUUCUCUCAGCAGAACAGGCUAUUCUGUAAAUCUGGUACUUAGUUUAAAAAGCUAAAAACCAAUACAGUCUAUUCACCCCCCCUCUAGACUGUAUCCAGUAUAACCGGGACCAACAAAUACAAUGGAGUACCUGAGCUUGUCGCUUCGUAGGCUGCAAAUGCAAGGUGCCAUGUCGGCCAUACCUGAGUCUUUCGCUCUAAGGUGGCCGAUGAGGGCACCUGCUAAUAUUUUACUUUAAAUUCCAAAGGAAAAAUCAAGAGGAACAUGAUUUUAUUCAUAAGUGGCUCGAGGCCGAGGGUGGCAUUCAAUCAGUAACCCGUUAAGGGGUGAGGGCUUCGCCGUCUGCACCUCCUUCGGAUUACUGAUAAAACUUUACCAGAUGGUGUACAUUCCACGUUCGUGGUACAUUGGACCCAUUCAGGCGUUUAAGCUUGUAGGUGCCGGGUUUGACCACGGCACUGACGAUGUAGGGCCCUUCGUACUUCAAUGCUAGCUUGCCACCCUCUGUCGGCUGGCUUGCUUCCCUUCGGCGGAGGACGUAGUCCCCCACUUGAAAUUCCCGGGAACGUACCUUGGCGUCAUAGUAUGAUUUUACUUGACGCCGGUAGUUCUCUGCUCGGACGUAAGCUUGCUCACGCCUCUCGUCGACCAGGUGCAGGUCAAUCUUCAUGUUUUCUUCAUUGGCGUCAGGCUCGUAUUGUUCCACCUGUCGGCUGGGGAUGGCAAUUUCCGUGGGUUCCUUUACCUCAAAGCCGUAGCACAGGGCGAAAGGCGUUUCACCUGUCGCCCUCCUCGGCGUGGUUCUGUAGCACCACAGGAUGUUGGGGAGCUCGUCGACCCAACUACCCCCUGCGACCUGGAGUUUCUUCUUCAGCCCCUCCAUGAUUGUCCUGUUGGCAUUCUCAACCUGCCCGUUGCCCUGAGGGUAGGCAACGGAGGAGAAACGAUGCUUCACCCCAAACUCCCGGAGGAGCUCCUGGAAAGGGACUGCCUCGAAUUGGGUGCCGUUGUCUGAUAUAAUCUCCUGGGGGACGCCGAAGCGUGUGAUGAUGUUCUUGUAAACAAAUUUUUGGCAUCUGGCCCCCGUGAUGCUGGCCAGGGGUUCCGCCUCGACCCACUUGGUGAAGUAGUCGACGGCGACGAUGAUGUAGCGAUUGUUCCCGGCGGCUCUGGGCAGGGGCCGACCAGGUAAAUCCCCCAUCUAGAGAAUGGAAUUGCGGUGCUGACGGGGGCGUAGUUGACGGCUGGCCGACCAGGGGCCUUCUGGAGCACCUGGCACGUGGUACACUUCCUGGCCAGGUCCGCACAAUCUCGCGCCAUCGUCGGCCAGAAGAAGCCCUGGACGACGAGACGUCGGGACAUGCUGAAAGGGCCCUGGUGCAAGGAGCAAAUGCCACAAUGAACUUCUUCCAUGGCCACGUCGGCUUCAUCCUGGUGCAGGCAUCGGAGGAGAGUGCCAUUAUAGGAUCGUUUGUAGAGUUUGCCAUCUUCAAUGGUGUAGCUUGGGGCCCUGAGUUUGGCAAGUUUGGCCUUCUCCUCGUCCGGGGGCAGCUCCCCCGUCGUGAUGAAUGUGACGAUGUCGGAGAUCCAGUCCUCUGGUCGCUGUUGGACGCACAAGACGGGGCUGGCAUGGAUGCUGGACAUGCUCAACUCCUCGAUCUUGGCCAGCUGGGAGAUGUGCUCUGGGGUGUCCGAGCUGAGUUUGGAGAGGAUGUCGGCCUCGGCGUUCUAGGCCCUUGGGAUCUGUGUGAUCUCAUGGGUUUCGAACGCCUUCAGCAGCUCCUCCGCUGCCUGUUUGUACUGCUUCAUCCGGCCUUCCUUUGCUUCGUACAUGCCCUCAACCUGACCCACUACCAGCUUGGAGUCGCACCUGAUUUUGAUAUGUCGGGCUCUGAGGCCGGCGGCGAGUCUGAGGCCGCUGAGGAGGGCCUCAUACUCGGCUUCGUUGUUGGAUACCCUGAAGUUGAAGCGGAUGGCAUAGUAAGCUCUGAAUCCUUCAGGGGAUAUGAGGACGACGCCGCCACCGCAUGAUUUCGCGGCCGACGAGCCGUCAGUGAAUAGGAUCCAUGUAUCGUCCGGCUCCGGCCCGGGGUUGGCAACGACCGCCUCCCUUACUGUGCACUCAGUGACGAAGUCGGCCAAGGCUUGCCCUUUGAUAGAUGGCAUUGGCUUGAUCUCGAUCUGAAACUGGCUGAGGAAGAUCGCCCAUUUCACCAUCCUUGAGGAGCUGGUGGGGCUCCUCAUGAGUGCGCCGAGAGGCUGCUGGGUUAGCACAUGGACGGCGUGGGCUUGGAAGUAGUGCCCCAGCUUCUUCACCGUGUGGACGAUGGCUAGCACCGUCUUCUCAAUGGGGGAGUACCUGAGCUCGGCCUCCCUGAGUGUCUUGCUGGUGUAGAAGAUGGCUUUCUGCACCCCUUCGUCCUCACGGAUGAGCACGGAGCUGAUGGCCGACGUGCUCACCCCUAAGUACAAGAAGAGGGUUUCGUCGGCUUUGGGCUUGGAGAGCACGGGCGGGGACGAUAGGUACCUCUUCAAUUCUUCGAACGUUUCCUGGCACUCCGUCGUCCACUUGAAGCUGUUGGCUUUACGCAUGAUCUGAAAGAAAGGGAGUGCCCUCUUGGCUGACCUGGAGAGGAAACGGUUCAGGGCCGCCAGGCGCCCCGUCAGGCGCUGUACUUCCUUGACGUUGCGGGGCGGCUCCAUGUUGAUGAUAGCCUGUGUCUUCUCCGGGUUUAUCUCGAUGCCUCUCCGGCUUACCAUGUAGCCGACGAACUUGCCGCCUUGGACGCCGAAGGCGCACUUCUUGGGGUUGAGGCGGAGCCUUAACUCCUUCAUGAUUUCAAAGAUUUCCCGGAGGUCGUCGGCAUGGGUGGAGGCAUGCCUGCUCUUGACGAUCAUGUCGUCGACGUAUGCCUCCAUCGUCCGGCCGAGGACUGCUCUGAAGAUCUUGGCCACCAUCCUAGUAUAGGUGGCGCCGGAGUUUUUGAGUCCGAAGGCCAUGACGAGGUAACAAAAGAUUCCCUCUGGGGUCAUGAAUGUCGUCUUCUCAGCGUCAUCUUCAUGCAUGGAGAUUUGGUGGUGUUAGGAAAUUGAUGUAACGUACCUCGAAAGUACAGCAGCGGAAGUUUAAAAUUUUCCAAAACAGAUCUUCCCUGAUUAUGACAAAACAACGAAUAAAACAAUAAUGACAGAUCUGAGUCAGAACUUACAGAUCUUCCAGCCUAGCGGUGAUAAUCCUUGACCUUUGGUAUCCACGUGAUUUCUCCUUUCCGAAAGAACGGUAAGAUCUCCCUAAGAGAAAGGCUAGGAAAUCUCUUCGCAGGGAAAUAAACUGGUAAUACUGAAUCUGAAAACUGGUCUAUGAAUUAUGAAGGAGAAUGGUGUAUUUAUACUAGUUCUAAACUAGUU